UAUGGAGUUAUGCCAUUUGUAGCUCCUGAAGUAUUAAGAGGAAAGCCAUACAAUCAAACAGCAGAUGUAUAUAGUUUUGGUAUGAUGAUGUAUCAUAUUGCAACUGGAAGACAACCUUUUGCCAAUUGUGCUCAUGAUAGUGUUUUAGCAUUAAAUAUAUGUAACGGAAUUAGACCUGAAAUAAAUGAACAAGAAGCACCAAAAUUUUAUAUUGAUUUAAUGAAAAAUUGUUGGGAUCC